AUGAUGGCCAGACCUUGGAAGGCACCACGGGUCCUGUUAGCCAUUCUGGUGGCCCUGGUGGCCUUCAGCUAUCAAGAAAAGAGGAAGACAUUUAUAGUUGUCCACGAAGUAAGUGCAAUAGAAGUUUCUGUCCCAGGCACAUUGGAGUAUGUCACAGAAACAUACAACAAAGAAAGUGAUGACUUGUACAACUUCAGGAUCGUUCGCAUCCUGAAGAUUGAGAAGCAGAUGACAGACCACAUGGAGUUACACUUCAGAGUGGAGAUGCGGAGGACCACCUGCUUCAAGACAGAGACGAGCACCUGUGAUGUCCAGAAAGGGGAACUUUACAAGCAAAUCCAGUGCUACUUCUCAGUGUAUGCCAUACCCACGUUUGAAAUAUACAAAAUUCUCAAGAAAAACUGUACCGAUAGCUGA